CAGGGAUAUGAGGACUCUUGCUCUUCUCCCAGGCCCCCUCUGACGUCUGAGGAGACUGUCCUGAGCCCAGGCUGGCUAUGAAGAGCGACUCCUCGACAUCUGCAGCCCCCCUCAGGGGCCUCGGGGGGCCCCUGCGGAGCAGCGAGCCGGUGCACGCCGCCCCAGCCCGGUCACUGGCUGUGGUUCUACUGGAGGAGGCGGCCGACCUCUUGGUGGUGCACCUGGACUUCCGGGCGGCGUUGGAAACCUGCGAAAGAGCCUGGCGGAGCCUGGCGGCCGAUGCCCAGGCGGAGGAGCACGCUGGCACCUCCUUGGAGGUGAAAUGCUCUCUGUGUGUUGUGGGGAUCCAGGCCCUGGCAGAAAUGGAUCGGUGGCAGGAAGUUCUCUCCUGGGUCCUUCAGUAUUACCAGGUCCCUGAAAAGCUACCCCCCAAGGUUCUGGAGCUUUGUAUUCUUUUAUACAGCAAAAUGCAAGAGCCUGGAGCCAUGCUGGAUGUGGUCAGUGCCUGGCUCAAAGACCCAGAUAAUCAGAGCCUUCCAGAAUACAGAGCCUUGGCAGAUCUUCACCUGCAACGUGUGCUGCUGCCCUUGGGUUGCUUGUCGGAGGCUGAGGAGCUAGUGGCGGGCUCCAUGGCCUUUGAUGAGGAGCAGCGACUGGACACACUCCAGGCCAUUCGCACAGCCAGGCAACAGCAGGAACAUGAACACCCAGGCUCUGAGGAGGCCCAGAAGCCAAACCAGGCAGACUCCUUCUCCCACAAGUUCAUGUCACUACUGAUGUUGCUUCGCCGGCUUUGGGAUUCUGCAGUGAGCCACGUCUUUUCAAUGCCCUUCAAAAGGAGCCUCCUGGCCACCUUGAUCCUCUGCCUCUUGGUGGUGAGGUUUGACCCAGCUUCUCCUUCUUCCCUGCCCUUCCUCUAUAAGCUGGCUCAGAUCUUCCACUGGAUCCGGGACACCGUGUUUUCUCCCCUCUACCGGCUCCCUGUCCAGGACUGAGUGGUCUGCCGCAUUUGCCUCAACCUCCCUGUUCCCUGCUCUGCCAGGACAGAAGCAGAGUAACUCAUCCACGUGGCCUCUUUCCUGUUGCAGUGGGACCCCUGUGGGAGUAAGGCCAGCUGAAUUCUAGAAAGAGCCAAUCCCUCAGUUUAACUAUGUCUUGCUGCCUGAAUGUCCUCCCCUGUGCAUCCCGCUUGCCUGGCCUUGGUGGGUAAUGUAGAAACAAAGUGGGACCAGAGGGCACAUAUCAUCCAAAACAGGCCCCCUUCCACCCAGAGGCCACUUGGAAAGGGAGGUUUGGAAAGGAGGAGUGCAUCCAUGAAAAACAUACCCUCUUCUUGGCAAAGGCAAGGAGUGAAUUUUUCAGAUGAGGGUAUUAAUGAAGUUGGAAGUUCAGAAAAACCCUGAAGGGGUGACCUUUGGCCUGUUACUUACUUGAAAAACCCAUCUCUGAAAACCAGGCCAUUAAUGAGCUAGACUGAGACCUGAGAGGGCGUCUUUCUUCUUCCCUUCGCUCCUCUCCGCAGAUCUGAUCUAGUUAUGUAUCAGUGCACCAUUGCCACCGUCAUGUAGCUGCUUGGGCCUCUCACUGUUCAGACCAGGGCAUGGCUUCCAGAACCACCCAGGUGACUGUCGAAAACACAGUGAGACUGCUCGGCUCUUAUC